UACAGGUGUGUCAUUUCCUGUUUGAAGCAACAGUAGCCUACUGUGUAGUACAGAUUGUAGAAGUUAUAAUGCCCAUUUAGUGUAGGCUACUUAAUUUCUUACAAAAAUGGCGCACGAAGAGGAACGUAUACACAUGGAGAAAUUUGCUGACCUGUCCAAUCACGCUGUCCAAGAGUAUGAAGGCCUUCAGAGGGAGCAUGAGAGAGCAGAAAUGGAGUGCAAACGCAUGCAGAUAGAACGAGACGAAGCGGUCAAUAGACUAAAGGAGUUUCAGCGAGUGUCUCAUAUGGUUAUUGAAGAAGUAAACACUAUUCAAGAGAACCUUGAAAUUGAGAGAACGUGCAGAGAAAAUGUGGAGGUGCUGGCCUCCAAGUUGAAACGAGAGAAUCGCUCCUUGAAGAGGAAGAGUAUGCUAUUACUCUCUCACCUGGGAUCAGAAACUAUUGCUGAGAUCAGGUUGGAGGAUGAAGAGAAGGAAGAAGAAAAUGAGGAUUGGGGCAAGGCCUGCUCCUCUGCCCAAUGCCAAAGCAUCAUCACAGAGCUAAGUGAUAAAUUGAAGUUGACGCUAGAAGAGAAAAAACAAGUGGCCAUUAAUCUUGAGGCAACAAGAGAGAAACUAACGGACCUCAGAGAAGAUCUGCAGAAAGAAAGACAUGAUAAUACGGUUUUGAUUGCUGAGACGGUGCGACAAAAGAACCACUUGGCAAAAUACAACAGAGUGUCCUUGUACGCAGUGGAGGAGUAUGAAUCCUUGCAGGAGAAUCUGAACCUAGAGAAAGACCUUAGGGCAGAGGCAGAGAACUUUGCAAGAGAGAUGUUGGUUGAGCAGAGGAAGCUGAGAAGACAAAGUCAGGUCCUGCUGCAGAGUACGAGUCCCGGUGAGGCCCUGCAAUCUGCCCUCAGUGAUGUCAGCAGACUCACUGAAGCCCUGGAGAGAAACACACUGGAGCACCAACAACAGAUGAAGGUGAUGGAGGAGCAGCUUCGAGGCAGCGUGCUGCAAAAGGAGGUGGUGGCAUUGCAACGUCAACUGGAACUAGUGGAGGAGGAGAGGAACGAGAGCAGGAGGACGUGCUUCAAGGCUGAGGGGGAGGCCAAGGAUCUCCGCUAUAUGGUCGAGGAACUUCAGAAGAAACUCCAGGCGGCGAUGAACCCCCCUUUUGCUUCAGCUUUGCCUCCCCCUCCUCCCCCCCCGCCCCCACCCCCUCCACCCAUUUCACAACUGUCCUCCAACCCUCUCAGUGCACUUCUAUCCAUGCUCGUCAAAAGAAAAGAUAACAGUAACAACAUUCCAUUAGUGGUCCAAGACUCCUCCAAAAAGCCAGAGCCGGACAUUAGGCAGCAGGCGGUGGACGAGAUGAUGCAGAGAAUCAAGAAGGGGGUUGCCCUCCGUCCUGUAGGCCAGUCACCCAACAGGGCCAGACCCAUACAGAGAGACAGAGUUCCCUCUAAUUCUGCCAUUCACGAACUCAAAGGAAUUCUGGAGACUAUUAAAAGACCCUCCCCCCAACCUAAAACAGAAUCUCCGUCAACAAACAAUGAAUCAGAGCUGGAGAGAAUUCUUCAGAGACGACGGGGCGCAUUCAAGACCCCACUGGAUAGUAGUCCCCCAUCCUCCCCUCAGACCUUCCCCAGCAGUGUGCUAGACCUCACCAGAGUGAAACAGGCCCAGCGCCAGCCCACGUAUACCUCCCAGGACUUCAGCCCAUGUUAGGCCCAAUCAACUGACCUGACGGCUCGGUGCUUCAAAGGCCCUGAGUAGGAUAUAAGGAUGGACUUGCACCUGCCAAUGCUGCCGCUGCAGUGAGCUCUCUGGCUGAGGGGGGCAGAGCGGACCACUGCCUUGUGACAAACCUUGGUUAGGAAAACAGUGCUGGACUAGCCAACAGACUGAAAUCUCAACAACUCACAGAGUUUGAGUCUCAUAUAUCAAAUUGAUUUACAGAAUUAGAGUUUUUGUUUGUUUGAUCAGUCUCAUUAGGUGUGCAAAUGAAAAAUCUGAUUUACUUUUGACAUUUUAUUUAAUUUAAAUGGAAAGAUAUUUUAAUGAAAGACAAUUUCAAUUAUGCUGACAAUGUAAAAUUCUGACUGAUGCUAGUUUUGGUUGUAAUUGUAUUCAUCACUAAUGCAGUAUGAAAUCAAUGUAAUUCAUCAUUUAAAAAGAAACAAUUAACAUAAAUGUUAAAGAAAGGGGUAAAUACUGAAUAAAAAUAUUUCCUUUGGUACUUGUUUGCAUCCUUGU